CAGUAACGUCAGGUAGACCGUUAGCGCCUCUUGCUAGCCGUAUUACUACUUUUACGACAAAGACAGGUACAUAAACGCACUCACAGUUAUUUAUAAAGGUCCGAGUACGUAUUUUUAACGCAACAAUUUACUUCCAAAUCGGCGGCACCAGCAUGAAGCGAGGUACAAAUAGUCAAAAUUAGCCAGACUAGAAAAACGCAGCUAGCCGGCUAGUGAGGCGAAUGUGUUUCUCCAGAAACCCCGGUCUGGCUAGUUGGCUAACCCUCGUAGGGUAACAGCGUUACAUUUUUUUUAAUUAAUUUUUUUUUCAUAGGAAGAAUGAAUCAUAAGAGUAAGAAGAGGAUUAAAGAGGCCAAACGGAGCGCCAGGCCCGAGUUAAAGGACUCAUUAGACUGGACAAAGCAUGCUUACUGCGAGUCUUUCGACCUGUCACACCGGACAGUGAAGGACAAUGUUGAGCGAGUGGACACCCUGCGUCUCAGUCCGGAGGAGUUCAUCCAGCGCUUUGAGAGACCAUAUAAACCUGUUGUUCUGCUCAACUGCCAGGAAAGCUGGCCCGCUCAUGAAAAAUGGACUCUGGAGCGCCUCAAACGCAAGUACCGCAACCAGAAAUUCAAGUGUGGCGAGGACAAUGAUGGCUACUCAGUGAAGAUGAAGAUGAAGUACUAUGUGGAGUAUCUGGAGUCGACCAAGGAUGACAGCCCUCUCUACAUCUUUGACAGCAGCUACGGUGAGCAUGCCAAGCGCCGUAAGCUGCUGGAGGACUACCAGGUGCCCAUUUUCUUCAGAGAUGAUCUGUUCCAGUUUGCAGGGGAGAAGCGCCGACCACCCUACAGAUGGUUUGUAAUGGGCCCAGCUCGCUCUGGCACAGGUAUCCACAUUGACCCAUUGGGCACAAGUGCCUGGAAUGCCUUGGUACAGGGGCACAAGCGCUGGUGCCUCUUCCCUACCCACACACCCCGUGAACUGAUCAAGGUGACAAGGGAAGACGGGGGCAACCAGCAGGAUGAGGCCAUCACUUGGUUUACUGUGGUGUACCCACGCACCCAGCAGCCCACUUGGCCACAAGAAUUCAGACCCUUAGAGAUCCUCCAAAGGCCCGGAGAAACCGUAUUUGUACCAGGUGGCUGGUGGCACGUGGUCCUCAACAUGGACACAACUAUUGCUGUAACUCAGAACUUUGCCAGCACAACCAACUUCCCCAUUGUAUGGCACAAGACCGUCCGAGGCCGCCCCAAACUUUCAAGGAAGUGGUAUCGGAUUCUGAAGCAGGAGAGGCCCGACAUGGCAGCACUGGCAGACAAAGUUGACCUGCAGGAAUCCACUGGCAUUGCAUCUGACAGUUCCAGUGACUCGUCCUCCUCCUCUUCAUCCAGCUCAUCUGACUCGGACUCUGAUGCGGAGUCGGGCUCGGAGGCAGACACCAUGUCUCACCGGAGGAAGAAGCGGAGAACUUGUGGCAUGGCAGCCAAUGGAGACACCACCACCAAGGAUGACUGUGUGAGCAAGGAGCGCAGCUCUUCCCGUUGACCCUCCAUUUCGUUGCUUCACUCCGCUCACCUCAGUAGAAGAACACGCCCAUGGUGGAAAUGAUUCCUUCACUUAAGCACAGAACAGUUGUUUUCAGUUUGUUUUUGUUUUGUUGUUUUGUUUUCUCUCGUUCUCUUUGUGGUCUGUGAAGGAGUGUGUUUGGUGGCGAUGCUGUGUUCUCUGUUAGAUAAGACGGCUGGCAUCUGGCAGCUGGGGUCAAGAUAAUGGAGGAGGGUCCUCUUGGGUGUGGGCCUGCCACCACAGUGCUUAUUAAUAUGUGUGACUGUAGCUUGUAUAGGAGGGGAGGGAAGAUCAGCUGAGCAUGACCUAACUGACUGUUGACCUUUUGGGGAAGGAAGUUGAUAGUGCGGACCCCUGUUUAUUGCAGUUGAGACUUAAUCAUCUAAAUUUUCUCAGAACUGUUAAAUUAUUUUAAGAAGAAAUUGAGAAAUGGUUGCAUUUAGGGGAUUCAAAAUCUUGGGAAAGAUUUUUAAUUUUUCUUUUGAGUUGUCAUGACAGUUUAAGGUUUAAACGUGUUGCUAAAUUUUACGAAGUCUCACAUCCUGUCAUGGUAAAAGAGUAAUGGCAAAAGGAUGCUGCCCUCGUGUCAUACUUAGAAAUGGAGCCACCAUAGAAAUAUUGUGCUGAUGCCAGGGGACAUGGCGUAGUGGGUGUCAGUCGAGGUAACGGUUGUGUUUGAUGCUGAAAAGUUUACUGACCACACUACAGAAAUGGAGGGAAAGUUCCAUUGGUAAUGCAUAGAAAUCUUUUUAAAAAUGCAGCAUUUAGUACAAAAGUUUCUCAGGUUGUCUAUUGCAUAUUGGCAUAACCAACACUGUAAAUUUACGUCCUUAGCAGUCUUAACUGACCUUCGUUAUCAAUGAGCUUGGAAGUAAGUGCUCACAAUUGUUCACCCACAAAAUGCUGCAGUUCCACUGAGAGAUAAUCUGUAUAAAAUGCCACUUUUUUAUAAAAUUCCACUUUUUAAUGAGUUGAUCUUUUCCUUUUCCAUUGUAUUACACAAGUCAGUCCCAUAAAUCCAUGCUGGAGUUGAAACUCAACAUGGCCAGAGUUAGCCUUGAUAAAAGAAGCAGUUAACUGCUAUCCACAGAGAAUGGAUUGGAUUCUGACAUUUUAAUCCUUCGUGUAUUUAUUUUGUAAGAGCUCCCCUUUGCCAAAGGUGUGUGAAAUUUAUUCCGUGUGACUGUGAGACAACAGAAAAAAAGGGUUAUUCAGUCUCAUUAGCUAUGCCAGCUAUUCACCCAGAAGCUCAGCCUUAAGGAGAAUUGGCAUAAGCAGCUGCUUUUGUAGAUUUGGCUGUACUAAAAAGCUAGAGGUAAAUGUCAUCUUAAAUUUAAGAGCUAAAUAACCAAUGUUUGUCACUUUGAUGUUAAAGGAAUUCUGCCCUGCUAAUCACAUGUGGAGAUAAACUGAACGCUGUCGUGCAUAUUUUAGCAUCCUCUGUAGAACAGUGUGCCAAAUGCUGCUAUGAGAUAAACCUCCACAAUGUGAGUAUGGCAGUUUUGCGAAACUUUGAGUCAUAUUGAUUUUGUACUUCUAAACUCGAAGCAUACAAUAUACAUGUGUUGUUCAGGUGAAACAUUAGAGGGCACUGCACUCACCAGAAUGCAUAUUUUAAGACGAGUUUUAUUGUCCAUUUAAGAGAAGAAGUUGUUCAGGACAACAUAUUCAAGAGUUGGCGUUAGGACAAAGAGAACUGAGAAAAAAGACAUUGGUUCAGAUUUCAACAUUUUUCUACUUUUUGUCUGACAUCUCAAACUGAUCACGUUCUGGUGAGAAUUCAAAAUGUUGAACCUGGAUUUGUUUUUAGGUUUUUUUCUUUCCUCAUUAAUUCUUCAGUCAGCUUUCAAAUGAAGGCAAAUGCUGAUUACUCUUCACUGUCAAAAUGAGUAAUCAACCUCUGAUGUUAAGUAGACAGAUCUUGCUUGCCUGGCCUUGUUCUUUCAUGUUUGCCAUCGUAGAGGCAGGUGAAUCCUGGCUGUGCUUUAAAAAUGGUGUGAUCUUAAAACGGUGGGAAAAAUACGUCAGUAUGUGAUUUGCCAUAUCGGUGUCCGUGUGGUUUAAAUGUUGUGUUAACAAAAAGUGCCUAUGAAGUACCAUUUGACCGUGUUACUGGUCUCAGGGUGUGUUGGUGUGACCGACGGCAGGGGAGGUUCUGUUGUAGAGCUCUGGUCUCUGGUGUUUUCUGUGUUUUGUUUUGUGUUUAUUUUAGACCUCUCUUUGCGCACACCUCACUUGAAAGCACUUAGCACUACUGCUGUCCCUGGGGUCCAUCACACGGUGCCUUCAAUCUGCGUGGGUAAUGACCACAUUGGGGCUUGUCUCUCUGGUCUUAAGGGUUAGCUGUCUUCUUUUUACAACCCCGUCAACCACCCCCACCCACCCACCUGUCACAAAUCAUGUGAGCUGGGCUGAGAAGGGGGGGCGGGGUCAUCCCAAAAUGUUCAUUGACCAUCACAAGCUCUCAGCGGAGCAUACCAAUAGGUUACACAAGUGAGAAAUCUCCCAUCAAAUACAUGUUAGAUGUUCAUCUAUUUUUGUAAAAAGAGAUGCUGGUUUUGAACUUGUGUUUCCAGGAGGAGAGGUGGAUAAAAACUACCUUAAAACACGCACGCACGCACGCACGCACGCACGCACGCACGCACGCACACACACACACACACACACACACACACACACACACACACACACACACACACACACACACACACACACACACACACACACACACACACACACACACACACACACACACACACACACACUCACUCACUCACUCACUCACUCUUAUGGAAAACCCGACUCCCAGACAGACCUCAGAUACAGACCAGUCACACAUCAGCAUGGAUGUUGUGUGUCCAGAUCAGCUCAAAUGAUGACAAUAUUGAAAAUGAGUAACGGAGCCUGUUGAGAUUUUGACGCUGAGACACACCUUGAUGUUAACCGGAUCAAAGUGAAUAAAGUAAUUUUGUUCAGUAAA